AGCUAUAAAUACAUAACAAGAAAUAAUAAAAUAAAGACUGAUUAACAAAUACUAUAAAUGCAAAAUAAUUAAAUUACGGGUGCGAGCACGAAGCCAACAAAAUUCAAAGCAAAGCGAAAUACAAACAAAAAUUAAACACGCGAGCAACAACAACAUUAUAUGGAUUAAGGUUCCUCUCACUUACACACACGCAUACAAACAAAUUAAAAAACACACAUACGCGCAUUAAUACACUCAAACGGAUUAACUGCAGCUUAAACAACAGUUAGACGCCGUCUCCUCGGACUGUCUCUCUGUCUACAUUUGGAUUACCAGUGCCAAUAUAUCAAUUCUGUUUUGUCAAUGUCAAAGUGAAGUGUCGAAAGCAAAGUUGCGAAAGCUCUAAGUAAUAUGAAAUUCUAACGCAACAAAGAGCAAAAAGAAAAUUAAAUUAAAUCUGCCAACAAUUGUGUGUGUGACAAACAACAACAGCAGCAAUUAACAACAACAAUGACGAUGGCUGCUUGCUAUGCCAACUAUGACAUGUCCUCCAUGUCGUCGCUAUCGCACAGCAUGUCGGCUGCUCUGCAACAGCAGCAACAGCAGCUGCAGCAGCAACAGCAACAGCAGCAGCAGCAACAGCAGCAACAUCAUCAUCAACAGCAGCAGCAGCAGCAACAGCAGCAUAUGUAUCAUGCUGCAGUUGCUGCGCACCAGCAACAGCUGAUGCAGCAACAGCAACAACGCCAACAUCAACAUACCCCCGCCAACAACAACAGCAACAGCAGCAACACACGUCAGCACAGUCAUGUGACUGCUGUGGCGGCGGCCCAAACACAGGUCGCCGCCAGCAACCAGCGCCAGCAGCAACACAGCAGCAGCAACAGCCGUCAGCAGCAGCAGCAGCAGCGCCAGCAACACCAACAUCAGCAGCAGCAGCGCAGCAACAGCAACACCACCAAGGACUACAGCAUACCAUUGCAUGUGGACUGCAGUGUGGAGUACGAGCUGCCCAAUCAGCCAAAGCCGCCAGCUGGUCAGCGCGUGGAGCCGCUCCUCAUGAUCCAUCCCUGCUAUUUUCGCAAAAUGGAGUCGCAGCGCCGCAGUCCGUUUGUCAACAAUAUGCAGGCAACGGCGUCGGCGAAUGCACGCAAUGCUGCCAGCAGCGCUGUUAGCAGCGCCGCCGCCUUGGGAGGCGGUGUUGGUGGCGGCGUGACAGCUGCUGUGCCUAGCAGUGCUGCCCGACGCAAGACACAACAAAUGCAACAGCAGCAACAGCAGCAGCAACAGCAGCAGCAACAACAGCAGCAGCAGCAACAGCAGCGGCAAGCUUAUCAGCAACAGCUGCGGCAACAACAGCAGCAAAUGUCACAAAUGUCGCAGCAGGCGCUGUAUCCAGUACAGCAGCAACAGCAGCAGCAACAACAACAACAACAACAACAACAACAGCAGCAGCAACAGCAGUUGCGACAGCAACACACCCACACACAUUCACACACACACCAGCAGCAGCAACAGCAACAACACAUGCAACAACAUGCGGCAACACUGUAUGCCACCAAGAACAGCAGUGUUGCCGCCGCUGCCGCCGUCAAUUCCGCCGCCAUUACAUCCACUGCGAAUAGCGCUGGCAAACGCGAUGCGUUGAUUUCGGGCAGCAGUAACAACAACAACAACAGCAGCAGCAGUUACAACAAACACCAGCAACAUCAGCAGCAACACCACCAGCAGCAGCAGCAACAACAACAGCAGCAGCAACACUGCCUGCCACCGCCAGUUGCACCUUGGGAUGCAACAACGGCAGCAGCGGCGGCUGCUGCGCUGCUCAUUGAUCGCUCGCCGAUGGCAACAGUUCCUAGCAAUUAUCAGGCUGGUCCUGAGGCCACGCCCAUGCACCGCUUGCCGCCCACAGCGACUGAUAAACUGAGCGGCAAGUAUCGCCAAUAUUUGCGCACUCAACAUCGCAUGCAUCCCUAUGCGGCAGCAGCGGCAGCGGCGUCACUAGCCGCCGCAGCCGCUGGUGCCAAUCUGGGGCAUGCCUCGUUUGUGCCAUUUGGUGCAGCGGCAACAUCGGCGACGGCAGCGGCAGCACCAACAUUCCAGCAACUGCAGCAAAUCUCCUGUUAUAAUGUGUGAUCCAACAAUAAUAAUAACAACAGCAACAGAUGCAACAACAACUACUACAACAACAACAACAACAUCAUCAGAGUCCAGCAGCAACAAUAACAACAACAACAACAAUCUGAGACAGACGCUUACCAAGUAAACGUCAAUGAUAAAUACAUAAACAAAAUCAACAACAACACCAACCACACCAACAAUAUCAAUAACAACAACAAAUUGCAAAACGCUUCUAUUUAGUUGUCAAAAUUUCAAUUGUUUUAGUUUAUUUUUAAUUUUACUCAAAGGGCUUGUGUUCAGAACAAGAAUCAAAAAUACGGAUUGUGUAUUUAUUAUAUCUAACAUAUAUACCUAUAUAUAUAUAUAUUUCAAGCAUACAUACUCGUAUGUAAAUGUGUGCGUGCAUUUCACUUGUGAUAAUGAAAUUUGAAAAUGAAAUUUAUCAAAAAUCAACGAGUUAUGUUGUCAAGCUCAAUUUGAUUCAAUGCAUGUACUAAAUACACUCGAAAAAAAACAAACGAACGUAUUAUGUUUAUUUUUUGUAACUCUAUGAUUGCAGCCCUGUAAUGAUCUGUGUACAUUAUUUGAUUGAUUUUUUUCUUUGCAUAUACAUAUAUACAUAUUUAAAUUAAGCUGCUAACUAACAAUUAUUGUUGCCAAAAAUUCAUAAAAACAAAAAAAACACAAGAAAAUCUGAAAUGAAAUCAAUUUUCUUAAGUAACUUGUAGUAAACCAACAACAUCAACAACAACAAACAACAAAAACAAACAACAAAAAAAUGCAAACUAUUGU